AUGGCUGUCUCCCGCUUCUGCGCGCUGCUGCCCGGCGCGCUCCUCGCGCUGGUGCUCCUCUCCGCCGCGUCGCUCCCGUCCCCCGCUUCCGCCUUCCGCGGGCGGAUGCUCCAGACCCCCGCGCCCGCGCCCGCGCCAUCGGGAGACGAGUCCGGCGUCCUUCCCGUGGAGACCAUCCCGUCCCCGUGGCCCGCCACCAACGCUUCAAUGGAUGCCGCCGCGAUCGCCGCGACCAUCGAUCCGAACGUAAACGACACGUAUCCUGCCGUCCUCGAUCCGAUCACGCAGCCGGCUCCCCCGCCGUAUGUGGCGCUGAAUCAGUUCAUGGAUCCCGCGGAUAUCGGAUCGGCGUUGGAUCAGAUCGACGCGCGCGCCGUCGCGUACUCGUCUACGCUUGAGGAUACGAGCCUGCCGGCUGAUGCGCCGGCUGAGGUGGCGAACUGGACCAACACGCUCGCUACUGAUCCCGGAUACGCCUCAUACCCUUACAAGAAGCCCCGGUACCACCCGGUGUACGGGCUUGCGGUGAAGAAGCCCAACGGCAAGUGGUACACCUACAUCAACAACAACCUGCAGUGGCCGGGCGUCGAUGACUGGGCCACCGGCUUCAAGACCUGCCGUUUCACCCAGCCCGACCCUGUCUAUGGCUUUAACUGCACUGAGGAUGCGACCUGCCCCGGAUGCCCCUACUGCCGCGCGCAGCAGUGCUUCUUCAACCGCCACUGGCCCACCUACCGCAACCCCCAGACUGAUGGGUCUAUCCCCGGGCAGAUGUACUGGCAGCGUCUCAUUGAUGCUGCCAUUAACCCUAAGAGGUAUGGCCCGACGCGGUGUUUGGCGCGCGAGAUUACCGUCGUUUCCGCGCGCAUUGGCAACAUGUGGCGGGGGCGGAAGGCGCCUGCGGAAAAGCGCGCGAAGGAGGCGGAAAGCAGCGACGGCGAGACGGAGGCGAGUCGCGAUGCGGAGAGUGACGCGGACGACAGCGGAAGUGACAGCGGAAGUGAAGACGGGAGUAACGGGAACGAGAUAGUAGACGGGGAUAAGGGGAAUAAACAGCGCGCGAGAGUGGCCCGGGACGAGGAACCGUCCAAUGGGAAGCGCGGGUUAGACGCCAGUGAUGCAGCGACACGUGGCAAGAAUUCCAGCCCCAGCGCGGUGCGGCUGCCUUGGCUGACGUGGCUUGCUCUGACUGGCUCGUAUCUCGUGGCGCUGAUUCUCGCCUUCAGUGUUCUCCGCGCAACCCUCCCCGCGCAUAAGGACCCGCUCGCCCCGUGCAAAAUCCCGCCUUCCGCCAAUGCGGAAAGUUUUGAGACGACUUCCGCUAACGCCUCCGCAAUUUCCGCCGCUGCUGACGGGAGCGAACUGGCGAACGCGACGCGAUGGACUAAUGCCACGUGUCCUGUCCCGUGGCACCCAGCCGUGGACGCGCUGACGUGGCGGUGGUCCCCGCUAGCGGCGGCGGCGGCCGUGCUAGGGUUCAUGAUCUGCGCGCUGCGCGCAUUGGGGAGCGAAUUGGCGGAACUUAACGCGCUGGAGGAGCGCCUCCGCGCACUAGAAGGGGGAGGGGGCGGGCGCGGGGGAAGGCUGGGGAAAGGCGGAGCGGAGGGGGAAGAGGGCGGAAGCGGACGGGGGAGGGGUGCGGAGGGGAUUGGAGGGGUGUCAGGUUCGGAUGGAGGUUCGGAGGGAGGUUCGGACGGAAGGGCGGUGGUGACAGCUGGCAGCAAGCUGGCGGUAUCGGUGGGGCGAAGCUCUCUGUUGGGGAUUCUGGUGCACGAAAUAAGAGCACCGCUUAGAGGCGUGCUGGGUCUGCUGCAGCUGCUCCUCUCCUCCUCCCUCGACGAAUCGCAGCGCGACAUGCUAGCAGCCAUCCAGGCUACGGCGCGCCACGUCAUCCACGUCGCCAACAACGUCGUCGACAGCUGGCGCAUCGAGAACCGUCGGAUCGCCGCCGCCUCGUCCGCAGCCGCCUCCUCAGCCGCCGCCGCCGUUUUCCGUGGGGAACGAGGGGGAGGGGGAGGCGGGGGAGGGGGAGGCGCGGGGGGAAGCGCGGGGGGAGGCAGGGCAGGGGCGGUGGAGAGGGGGAGUGUGGUGCGGUUGGGGUUAGAGAGCGCGGUGUUUGACCUGCGGUGUGUUGUGGAUGAGGUGGUGCUGCUGGUGGCGGGCGAGGCGAGGGAGAAGGGCGUUGAGCUGGCAGCGCUGGUCAUGGAUUCAGUGCCUACAGUGGUCGUUGGGGAUCCUCUCAGGCUGCGCCAGAUCCUCGCGAAUCUUAUGGCAGUGGGAGUGCGACUCUCCGACCGCGGUCACGUGUUUCUGGUGGUGCGCCUGGCGCCGGAUGAUGACGAGAUGAGACGCAUGGCGGAUCCCAACUCGCCUGGCGACAUGGAAGAUGAGGCGCGCGCAUGGCAGACAGACAGACCCGAACUCGCCCGGCGAAAUGGAAGGUGCGUUGAGUGUUGGGAAGGAGGUCCAAACUGGCGCAGUGCGUUGAGUGUUGGGAAGGAGGUCCAAACUGGCGCAGUGCGUUGA